CUGUCGUCUUUACAGCAACUCCGCUUCCAGGCCCGCAGGCUGUACAAAGAGCUCCACUACCUGGGCAGAGAGUACCCAGACCCCAACUACCGGUUUACGGAGAGGCUGCACAAGUGCUUCGGGGCGUAUGUCGGCGCGGACAGGGAGCGGAUCGAGGAGGGUUUGAAGAAGGCAGAGUUCAUCAAGAAGGAGAUCGAAGCGAUGUAUUCGCUGCGGAAGUAUCGAGCGAUGAAGCAGCGGUACUAUGAUGAGCCGCCCAGUCCGCCAAAACCCUAG